AUGGUUGAAGAAGGACCUGAAUCAGUUCUUCGCUACGCUUGCAACACGUGUCCUUAUAUAUAUAAUAUUAAGAAAAAAGUAUCUUCAAAAACAUUUCCAAAGCUUAAGGAACUUGAUUAUAUUAUGGGAGGUGCUGCUGCAUGGGAGAAUGUUGAUUCUACUGAUGCAGUCUGUCCUAAAUGUGGUCACGGAAAAGCGUUCUUUAUGCAACUUCAGACUAGAUCUGCUGACGAACCUAUGACAACCUUUUACCGCUGUUGUGACCAUAAAUGUGCAUACAAUUGGAGAGAUUAA